AUGGCGCAAACCACCACGGCAGAUUUGCCGAUCUUGAUCAUCGGCGCCGGUAUCGCCGGGCUCACAUUAGCGCAAGGACUCCGCCUUCGCUCAAUCCCAUUCCGCGUCUUCGAGCGCCAUCCUCAGACACAUGGGUUACAAGGUCAUCGCUUUCGCAUAUCAUCAGAUGGCCUAGCCGCUCUCAAUGGGGUUCUAUCCCCUUCUUUGCAAGACCUAGUUAAACGUACUGCGGCCGACACAGUUCGCAUUGACCCGCGAUAUGUGGAUGUUAGGAAGCUUGAAUACUCAAAGCCCGUACCCGAGAAUGGGGUGACAAUGGCCGUGGAUAGGAGGUGGGUACGCAUGGUGACUACGGUGGACAUCAAAGAUGCUAUUGAUUACGAAAAAGAAUUUGAAUCUUACGAGGUUGUUGACGGAAAGGUCCAAGUCAAGUUCACAGACGGUUCGGUAACACGCGGGCAGCUACUUGUUGGUGCGGACGGCCUCAGAAGUCGUGUGCGUAGACAGCUUCAGCCCGGUCGCAAAUUGCUUGAUCUCGAGCGCUGGAUUUUGUGGGGCCGAGCUCCCUUGACCGAAGAAUUGAAGGAAAAGAUACCGCAGGACAUGCUAACCUGGUGCAUGUACGUUGAUAAGGAAGCUAAUGUCCAGGCUAUUGUCGAGCCUAUGAUGUGGUCGAAAAGCACGCGACAGGAAUCAAAUAACAGACUGCCGGGUUUUUCCAACUACCUCUACUUCGCCGUCUGUACGGGCGUUUCUCAGUUUUCGGAGGUCUUGCCGAAGACAGCCGAGGAAAAGAGGCUGUAUCUGAGUGCAGUGACAAAAACUUGGCAUCCCGCGCUGAAGCUACUAUUCGAUUCGGCUAUGCUUGAUGCGACCGCUUGUGUACCGGUCUUAUCUAGCAAACCUGACAUUGGGGCUUCUUCGACGGGCCAGACUGGGCGAGUUACACUUAUUGGUGAUGCAGCGCAUGCGAUGAGUCCUAUGGGUGGUUCCGGUGGUGAUACGGCAGUCCGAAAUGCAGCAGACCUAGCACAAACCAUUGCUGACGAAGGCGUUACGAAAGAUAGUAUCGCGGGAUUCGAGGCCCGAAUGGAAGCGAGAGCAAAGGAGAAAAUUGAGCAUUCUUUUAGGGGUGGGCAGAAAUUCUGGCGCGGAAAAGAGUGGACGGAAUACCACGAGACUGAUAUUUAA